AUGAAGAAUUUACAGAAAAGUCUCUCUAUUGUUUUCCUCCUGUUCUUCAUCUUCACUACACCAUCCUGUGCGGAUAUCAAAUCUGUGAAGAUCCGUUCUGAUGACCGAAGUCUGAUCAACUUCCACAAGUUCGAGUUCACAAACACCGGUCAACUCUCCGUUUCCAUCUCCUCCGUCUCUGUCUCCUCUAUGCCUGUCACCUCCAACUUAUCACGACCUGAUCUUUCACGUAUUGGUUUCUUCCUUGUCUCCGACUAUGCAUUCCACUAUAUGAUUGACGAACAUUCGUGUUACCUCGAUUCUAAAUACAUCUCACUCCUAUUUACUUUCCAAGAUAUCUCGCCUCCUUCUCAGUCUUCUUUCAACAAAUCGCCAUCUGAGAAAAGCGAAUAUUUUGUUCCACCGGCGUCAGAGGAGCUCGUGGGGGAUGUGGAGCUUGGAUGUGGUGUUUGA